ACCACAUUAUCCUAUCGCGAGAGUAUAAAAUUAAUUCGGCAUCUCAGUCACAAAACCCUUCCAGUUGCCGCACACUCCCGUGAAACAGAAAAAAUGGUGUCGUUGAAGCUACAGAAGCGGCUCGCCUCUAGCGUCCUCAAGUGUGGAAAAGGAAAGGUCUGGCUCGAUCCUAAUGAAGGCAAUGAAAUCUCCAUGGCUAACUCCCGGCAGAACAUUAGGAAGCUAGUGAAGGAUGGUUUCAUCAUCAGGAAACCAACAAAGAUUCACUCUCGUUCUCGUGCUCGCAGAAUGAAUGAGGCCAAGAGAAAGGGCCGUCACUCCGGAUAUGGUAAGAGAAAGGGUACCAGGGAGGCUAGGCUGCCUACCAAGAUCCUUUGGAUGAGGAGAAUGCGUGUUCUUAGACGCUUGCUACGCAAAUACCGUGAAGCGAAGAAAAUUGACAAGCAUAUGUAUCAUGAUAUGUACAUGAAGGUUAAGGGUAAUGUUUUCAAGAACAAACGUGUACUUAUGGAAAGUAUCCAUAAAUCAAAGGCUGAAAAGGCCAGAGAGAAGACAUUGUCUGACCAGUUUGAGGCCAAACGUGCAAAGAACAAGGCAAGCAGGGAGAGAAAGUUUGCCAGAAGAGAGGAGCGUUUGGCACAGGGACCUGGCGAGAAGGCACCACAAGCGCCUGCCCCUCAGGAGACCGAAGUAGUAGCAAAGAAAUCGAAGAAGUGAUUGUAGUAGGCUCUGGUGAAUGCUGAAAGAUCAUACCCGGAGUUACACUGAUGUCUGGUUCCUAGUAGGAUUUUGUUGCUAAAGCUACUAUGCUUUUUUGUGUUUUGGGAAUGUUAUAUUUCUUUCAAGUAUAGAAUUUUUGAAGUCCAUGAGAUGUAGUUUCUAUUUAAAUGUGGAUUAUGUUUUAUCAUGAUAAUGUAGUCUCUAAACUCAGUGCAGCUUACAAUUAAACA